GUUUAUAAUUACUGGAAAAUUGCUAGUGCUCGUUUAGUGAUUCUGGAUGGGUAGCGCUUCAGCUCUAAAAUAAUUGUUUGGGAAUGUCCGAAGAGAAGAGACCAUUGAGUAAUGAUGACAUUAUUAUGGAUUUGAUCAGUGAGAUCAAGGUUGAAAAGACAUUGUUACAGAGUAACAUUGAUGAGAUUGUUGACGAUGGAGCAGGAUGUAUUGAUCCCCAACUACUUUCGGUAAACAACGAAGAACUCGUUGAAGACGGUGACUUGACAGAAGGUGGAAAUGAUUUAGAAGUUGUUCAUUUUGCAAAAGUAUCCGAAAAUGGUGAUAUUUCCAAAGAUGGUGAUGAUUCAACAUUAGAUGGCACUGAGCUAUAUACCGCUUUGCAUUUUGAUGGCAGUAAUGUGGAUUUGAAAAAACCUCAGAUUUUGUUACCAACGACAACAUUACCUUUAAAUAACGGCCUGGGAAAUCCUACAAAUGAUGAUGGUGAAAAUGAUGAUGACCAAUCGGUAUCUCCAUCUGUCUCUGAGUUGUUUGAGUGGUCUUUGCAAGAGGAAGCGCCUUUAAGGCUUGAUAUUGUUCAAUAUGAUGAAUCUGAACCUGAAUUUGAGCCAGAAAGUAACGAGCAACCAGCCGAUAGCCAGUUUCAAGAAGUUCUGGCGUCACAGAUAGACCAGAAUAAUUCCCAAAGAUAUCAUAUUGAUGGUUCAAUAGGUGAUCAAGUAUUUCCUGAUUCUUUCAAGAUUUCAUUUUCCACAAACAUGAACUCUAAUUCCUCCAUAGGUGAGAGCAUACUACAUCGUGAUGGAAGCCUUUUGGGGCAAGACUCAGUACUAGAAGAGGAACUUAAUUCAGUUUCACGUGGAGCAUUGAUGCAUGAUUGGAAUGAGGAUAUGGGAUCUCUAAAUCAACUAAAAAGCAUACCUACAAGAAGAACUGUUGCUUAUUCAAAGUCAAAUUCCCCAUUAGAAGAACCAAAUCAAGAUAAUAUUAAGCCUCAAACCUCAACUCCAAAACUAAAAAUAG